CCCGUGAGUCAACCUAUUCCCCUGCAUAAUAGUUUUAUAAUGAGGGUGCACUCCCCAGACGGAUAACAUUUACAGUUGUUUCCUUGCUCCUCUGGGUCAAUACCACUUUCCCCAAAGAUAACACACGGUGCCAGAUGUUCGCGUCACUUAGGAAUUGGCAUGUUUGUCUGAGAGUCGUUUGCAUGAGCGCAAACAAUGAUUCCCUACUAAAGAAGUCACAUGGUACAGCAUAUCUAUGUUGACACUAUAUAGAGCAGCAGGCUGGUUGUUUUGCAUCACUUGACGGGUCAAAGGAUGAAUCUCACUCAGUCCGAUAAGUGCUGCGCCUUCGAGGCGCCCAUCCUGGACCAGGUUUUGCCUCCGAUCCUGUUCUUGGAGUUCAUACUUGGACUGUCUGGGAAUGUUUUCGCCCUGUGGAUGUUCAUCUUUUACAUGGACACGUGGAAGCCCAACUCCGUGUACCUGACUCACCUGGCCGUUGCGGACUCCAUUGUGCUGUUCUGCCUACCUUUCAGGGCUGACUACUACAGGCGUGGGAAGAACUGGCUCCACGGCGAUGUCCUGUGUCGCAUCCUGCUCUUCCUGCUGGCUGCCAACCGUGCGGCGGGGAUCUUCUUCCUCACGGCCGUGGCUGUCGACCGUUACCUGAAGAUCGUCCACCCUCGGAACAAGAUCAACCAAAUGGGCCUGGGCUACGCUCUCUUGGUCUCCCUCGGCCUCUGGGGUCUGAUUUUUCUCGCAACUGGGUAUCUUCUCGCCAACGAGCACUUCUUCUACAAUAGCAACCGUACGCAGUGCGAGAGUUUCAACAUCUGCAUGGGCUUCAGUCCCCUCUCCACCUGGCACAACACUUUCUACGUCAUCCAGUUUUUCUUGCCCACCAUAAUCGUCGCUUUCUGCACCUUCAGAAUAACGUGGCAGCUGAGGGGCAGGACUCUGGACAAAAAGGGGAAAAUCAAACGCGCCGUUCAGUUUGUGAUGGCCGUGGCUUUGAUCUUUAUUACCUGCUUCUUUCCCAGCACCAUAUCGCGCAUAGCCGUCUGGGUCCUGAAGGCGUGGUAUGAUGAAUGCAGCUACUUCGAAGAGGCCAACUUGGCGUUCUACACGUCGGUGUGUUUCACCUACUUCAACAGUGUCCUCAACCCCGUGGUGUAUUAUUUCUCGAGCCCCGUCUUCAGUGGCACCUUCAACAAGGUCCUGAAUAAGCUGCUGGGAAGGAAGGAGGAAGACACAGAUCAGACAGAUCCAUCUGACAAAGAAAUCUCCACCGUUGAUAAAAAGGCAUAAAUCCUUCCUAUCAGAGGGAUAUCCUUAAUUUUAAAUUGUUACAUUAAAGGUAAAGUCUUGGCUACUGAUACAACUUCUAUUAUCUUAGAGUAUAACUAUUAAAAUGUAGAGGUUUGGCUGUGAUUGUGAACAAAAUGACCCACCUAAGAUGGUUAAAAUUAGGAGCUUAGAGCUCUGUACUUGUAUAAGUACAACUCUUGUGUGCAGUGUUUAAUAUUAUUAUGAGUCUUUAACAAUCAAAUAUUCUUCUAUUGCAAGACGACCUGGUCUAAUAUGCACUGCUGAUCCUUUUAAAGGUAAUAAGUGAUGUAAUGUGUGUUUAUCACUUAAUAUAAUGCUUUGAAUUGUCAAUCACAUCCACUGUGUACAGCAUACACGGGUAUUCUGCUCACUUAGUGAACUAAUAUUUACAGUACAAAUCAGUUUGACAGCGAGAGGGAAGUUUGGGGCGACUGCAGUGCGGUCAGUAAACGUUCAGCCAACUCACAAACCACACAAAGUGCAAAGUGUCUGACGUUUCCUGUCAUACCCGGGGGUAGGAGGGUAGGAGGGUAGGGAGGUAGGAGGGAUAGGGGGGUAGAGAGUGUGCAGGUAGUUUCUGUUAACACUGUAAGAGUGAGGUGUUUUUUUCUGUGUGCAUAUAUUUGUGCACAUUUCAAAUCCCGAGUCUUUUGUUUCCAAUAAAUAAAUUAAACAUUAAGAUAAUCAUCAUAAAUUACACAUAACUUUGGAGCCAUUCUUCCUCCUGUUUGUUAGACUUUGGGAGUAAUGGAUUACAUGUUAGUGAGCUACGUAAUCAGGAUACAAUUUUUUUUGUUACAAUCAAAUUACACUCAUAUUUUUAUGCAAAAAAAUCUUUACAUUUUCUCUAUUUUCUUUCCAAAGUUUACAUCAUCCUUUGCAUAUUUGGUGUAGAGUUAAUCCAAAAGGUAACAGAAAGUAAUCACGUUACUUUAAUAAUGUGUGAUACUGUGUAUAUAUAUAUAUAUAUUUAUUUUUUUUGUUGUUGUCAUUCUGAGUGCAUUAAAUGUUAUUUUAAAUGAAUAAAUGAAACAGUAAGAUAACCACAACAAAUUACA